AUGAUGGGUCAAUUUGCGUAUGGCAACUUGAUCAACCUGUGGAGCAAUCAGUAGAACAGUUUACAAAGCAAUCAGUAAAGCAAUCAGAAAACGAAUUUAAUCAACCUAAACCUUUCGAAUUUUAUCGUUUUAUAAAUGGUAAAGACUUUUGCGAGUAUAGCUCCCCAAGUUUACGUGCAGUUUCAAAUAACAAACUAAUUGCAAUAAGAUCGUUCCUGGAAGAACUAAAAUUAAAUCCACUUGCACAUCGAUAUUCAAUGAUUGAAUGUAAAUUUUAUAACAACGGAGACUUCUUAAUAGUUGCAUCUGGUAGUUUUGGAUAUUUUGGAUGUAAUAUUUUUAAAUUUUCAAAUGAAAAUUUAAACGAACAAGGCUGGAAGAUUAACAAGUCAAUUUACUGUGGAGCAUAUGAAGAUGUUAACGAGUGUAUUAUAAGCGAUAAAGAAAAAUUAAUGCUUUAUGGCAAAAUUCAACGUUAUUUACAAAGGUUAGAAUUUAUUUCAUCUGAUGAUUUAGAAGGUGUGCUUUUAAUUUUUGAGGAUAAUAGUCUUGAAAUAAGGGAUCCUUACAAUCUUCAUAAUAUUAUUGAUGGUUCGAAUAUUUAUGAAGAGUUACUAAAACCAUCAAAUGAAGAAACUUUGCGAAAAGCAGAAUUUAAAACAAUGUUUAAAGAAAUAAUUGAUGAAAAAAUAUACUACAUAUCAGAUGAAUGCUUAUGGGUUCAGGAAGUUUUUGAAAAACAAUGGAUCACAUAUUUACAAGAAAUGUUGAAAGGUUAUAAUAAAACGAAGCUCUUGCCUAGCAAAUCUCAGCUACAAAAAAUUCUGAAAAGGUUUAUAAGUGAUAAAGAAGACAAUUAUAUGAAACAAUCACAUUCAUAUGAAGGAUCAUUAGUGAAGUGGGAAGUACAUGGCAAUGAAAGAGAAAUAGAAGCAUUUUUGAAAUCUGACUCAAAU